AUGGCAGACUCAGCAAAGUCUCAGAAAUCCCAACCCAAAGUCACACAGGAUAUUGUAGAUGCUGCAAAAAGGGCAUUCGAUCCGUCUGCUUCUCCGGAGAGCCGACAAGACGGAUUACGGGAAUACAAUGAGCUGAUUGAGAGAACGCAAACAUGGAUCUUGAUACACGUUCUCAACUCUCUGAUCAAGCCAAACGUGCUCCCGCCAUGGCUCAGAGAGCCGUUGAUGAGGACCUUGACCCAGCUGCCACUGCGUCCCGACGGAGUUCGCGCGACGAUGGAGUUUGUGUUUGCGGUGCAUCCGAGCAAUACCGGGAAGCCCCCCGAGGACGCCACCAGCGGAAAGCAAGGGGCAGCCAUUACGCAUGAGGCGGUCGCUGUUGCAACGAAGCUGCUUUCAUCCGUGCCGGCCACGAUGAGUGCUCAGCAGUGGUUUGAGGGGAUCGCGGGCCAGUUGUUUGCUCUGUUUGAUGGCGAAGCUGGACCGGAUGUUGCGAAGACGGCGGCGCAGAUUGUGGGGUUUGGGAUUUUGGGUAAGAAGCAGUUUGGAGCACCAGGGGCACCUGGUUGGAACGCCUUUGUACAGCCUCUAAUCGAAGCCAUCAACCCGUCGCUGAGAUCCCAAAAGAAGGAUUCCGCUCUCACAUCAGAAGAAGUCGAGGAAAUCGUUGACCUGGGCCGGGAAAAGGUCCUCGUUACUGCUUCUGACCUCGAGAGGGCGCUGAAACGGCUGGAGCUGCUCAUCAUGUCAAAUCCAUCGCCUGGCCUCUGCAAACGAGUCUUGAAGCCAGUUCGCUUGCAACUCUGGGCGCUCGCUUCCUGGACCAACCCGUCUCAGGAUACAGAUAGUCGCUUCUGCAAGCCUGCGCGGAUCCUGGUGCAGACACAUCUCAGAUUGUUCGGCGAUGAAGUCUCUUCGGUCUUCUUAUACCUCCUCCGCCGAUGGAUACAAUCAGCCGGCAAGCAAAGCGGUGGUGGCUCGAUCAUACAGGUCGUCGUCUCUCAGGAUGAGGAAGAAGCAAACUCCACCGUCCAGGACUUAGUCGACGUGACUUUGUUGCAAAAGUUCAUGGACAAGGCCCCGGAGAAACUAAUCAGCCACUUCGACCAGCUGCUGGAACUCAUAUCUCAUGUCCUGCGAGCCGACAGCCAGGCGCCCCUUGGGGAUGACAUCAUUGCAGUUGUGCUCAGUUUGCUCAACCUGGUCAUCACAGCGCCGACGUUUCAGAAAUCAGACAUUAACCCAGCUGAACUCGAAGUUGUGGAGGAGGCACUGGCGAGAAUUGGCCGCGAGGAUCGCGGCGAUGCAUCUACCACCGCGAACAACCUGUCGAUGCUGCUCAAGUACAGGGACGACGUGGAAAAGCCAGACGACAAGACGGCUGCUCCUACUGCGCGCCAAAUCGAAGAUCGCAGGACCUACAAUCUGGCGAUGAAUUACAUUACUGGAGAUGGCAACCCACCGCCGGUGGUCUCCGAGGGCCUCAACCUACUCUCGAACCUGAUUGUGGCAGAGAGCCCAAUAUUGGACAUUGCAGCCGUUACGGUGCUAAUGUCAAAUCUCUUGAAAGAAAAUGAAGACUUUAUCAAUCUACGAGUCAUCAAGAUAUUCACGCUAUUGGCGAACAAGCACCCCAAGGCGACCAUGCAGGAACUUCUCGACAAUUACUUGGAUGCACAGGAACGGUUGAAUACAGACACGCGUCUAAGGUUCGGCGAGGCCAUCCUCCAGGUCAUCGAGAGAUUGGGGCAGACCUUUACAGGAGAGGUCGCUCAGAACACGGGCGAGACCAUGCUGUCGAUUGCAAGCAGGAGGGGCUACAGGCCCAAGACCAUGGCCAAGCAGGCGCGAGAGGAGCGGCUGAAUGAGCUGAAGAGGAAGAAAGCAGAAGCAAACGGUGAAGUUGAGGACGACGUCGAUAUGGAAGAUGAGGAAGAAACUCCAGAGCAAGCGGCGAAUAAGGAGAUCUUGGCGCAAAUUGUUCAGGGGUGGGAAAGCAAAAGGGGCAGCGAGGACGUUCGAAUGCGGACUUCGGCUUUAUCCAUCUUCGGAAAUGCCAUAGAAACAAACAUUAUCGGCAUGGGGCCGACUUUGGUCUCAGCCGGCGUCGACCUCAGCAUCAAUGUCCUCGCCAUGGAGCCGGAGCUGGAGAAGGGCAUACUUCGGCGAGCAGCCAUUAUCAUCAUCCUGAGUUUCGUGCGAGCCUUGGACAAGGCCAAGGAAUCUGGACAAAAGCUGGGAUUCGGGCUCACGGAUCAGAGCCGUGAGGAUAUUCAGAGGACUCUCCAGUACAUCGCGGCUACCGACAACGACGGCCUGGUACAGCAGCACGCACGCGAUGUGGUGGAAAGCCUCGAGAAUUGGGGCAUGGCAAGUCUGUUGCCGAGCCAGGCGGAAGCGAGCGCUGCCGUACCUGGUUUGGCAAGAUUAGCGGGAUUGCAUGUGAAUCCAGAGGGGACCCUCGUGGACGCUUCUAGACGGCCACGGCCAAGGAUAGAAGAAGUGGAAUGA